GAAAUGCGAAAAGUAGGGUUGAUAAUUCGUGAUUCGUCAUUGUUUCAUUAUUUUCCCUGGAAAACUGGAAGCGAGAGUUGAAAUUUCUGCUGUGCAUGUUUUUUAAGCUUCAUUAAUUUUUGAGAAAAAAAAUCAUUGUUCCUUGUACAUACGUAAACCACUAACAGGAUUUUUUUCAAAAUGGAACAACUCCCUCAUCACAUCCAACAAGAAUUAUGCACAACAAGACCGGCUUACAGACAAGGCCGUAAAUUGACUGCGGUCAAAGUAUAUACCGUGGCCAGCGAAUCUCGGCACUUACUUUUCCACGGAGUGCCUGACAUUAAUGUGCGACCAGAACUGAAGUCGACUUUGUCAAAAUUAGGAAAAUUGGAAAAAUUAGUCCCAUUGCCUGACUACCCAGACAAAGAAGCAUUCACAGCUGUGUAUCAUGCUGUAUUUUUGGAAAUCACAAGUGCUAGACUUGCCAAAAGGAGACUUGAUGCUACUUCUUUUUAUGGAGGAGUGCUGCAUGUCUGCUAUGCUCCUGAAUUAGAAAGCAUUGACGAAUUGAGUUUAAAACUACAAGAAAGAAAGGCUGAUGUAAUUAAAAGACUGAAAAUUAAUUCUAGAGCACCUGUGAGCAAUAACUUUGGAGAAAGUAGCUCUCAACUGGUUCAAGCAGAAAGAAAAUUUAUAAAAAGGCCUGAAAGACCAGCACAAGAUGUAAAACAAACCAAAAAGGUGUAUGGUCCGCAAUUGCCUGAAAAAAGUGAAAAAACACACAAGCCAAAGAAAACUUCAUCCAAUAUUUUCAUUCCUAAUCAAAUUAGGCUGGCAGCAAAGAGGAAUGCCUCUUUAAGUGGCCCUUCCUCUAAACCAGAUGUUCCGACGAAAAAGAAGGGUAUUGUUUUUUGUAAAAAUAAUAAACUACCUUAAUUUUUAUAAAAAUUGUAUUUCAAUCAUAAACUGAUAGGAACAUUAUUAAUAAAACCCUAAAUAAUGUCCAAAACGUUUUCGUUGGGGGAAAAAUCAUAAUAACAGUUGUUAGUAGG